AUGUCGGACCAAGCAUCAUCAGGAGAUUCGACUGAAUUGAAAGCUGGUCGUCCUCCAGCAAUAAAAGUUGGUGGAAUGCGUGUUGGUGCAUCACGUCCUCGACAAACAUCACAAGGUGAUGAUAAAGAUAAAAAUGUUACUAAUGAACAAAUUUCAGGAGAUAGUACAAAUGCUAGUGGUAAAGAAGGAACAUCCGAUGAUGAUAAUCAAAGAAAUCAAGAAGAUAUCGAUAAUGAACAAGGAUCAGGAACAUUAUCUAAUCGUGUAGCUGGUCAGAUGGUAUCAGGAACAUUUGUACCUGUACAAAAAGCUUUUCCAACUGAGGCCGUAAAAAAUAUUCAUGAUAGACAUGGUAUACAUCCAAAACAUGAACAUAAUACAUAUUCCAAACAUGAUGAUCAACGUUUUAUAAAUCAACCACGAAAAUAA